AUGGACGCACUCCCGACGAGUCUGCUUCGGCCGAAAGCCAAUGAGCUUCCCGAGGCCCUAGGAUCGAUGACAGACAUUGCGCUAGCCGAACACAUUACCACGCGGUCGAUUGACUUGUAUGGUGACCAGCCCAAGGAUCUGCAAGUCGAGGCAGUCACCUCACUCGUUCGAGGGAAACAUACGUUCGUUCGGGUUGGGACCGGCUUUGGGAAAACUAGAAUUUCGGAAAUGUAUUUUGGUUGA